AACUAAAGGAGGAAAAACCACAAGACACUGAGAUGUCAGAACAGACUCGCAGGAAGGUACCAGUUCCUCCUAUUCCAAAGUAUCUGCCCCCAGUGAACCUGAUUCACCGAGAUGUUUUGCGGGCUUGGUGCCAGAAGAAACGAGUGAGCAGCAAAGGCCAGAAAUUAGAUGCUUAUAAACGACUCCUUGCAAGGGCUUUCCCAGAACAAAUGCUGGAGUUGAAGAACAUCCCUGACUCGGCCAAAGGCGCCAGGUUGAAGACAGCUCACAAAAAAAUGAAGGCGGAACCAGGGGAGGAGUCUGAGGUGACAGUUCCCCUGGAAAUGGUNCCUGUACCAGAGGAGCAGAUACCUGCCCUCGUCGACCCUCCCAUGCUCUUCGAGGAAGUCAGCACCACAGUAGUGACUACACCUGCCUCCGAGGCAGCGUUAGCAUCUUGGGCCAGAAUUGCAUCCAAUGCUAAGAAGUACGAGACAGCGCCGGCCAAUGCAUCCUCUGCCGAUGCGUCGUCGUCAGAAGUCAAAGGGGAAAUGUGGUGUGUGGUUCAUGGGACAAGCCUUCCUGGGAACUCGCGUGGUUGGGUUCGGCUGCAGUUCCACGCUGGACAAGCCUGGGUACCCGAUAAGAAAGGGAAAGCCAUUGCCCUCUUCCUGCUUCCGGCCUGCACAUUUCCACCCCCACACCUGGAGGACAACAUGCUGUGCCCCAAGUGUGUUCAUAAGAACAAAAUCUUGACUAAGAGCCUCGAAGGAUAAAGGACAGAUCUCCUAAGUUUGAACUAGCUGCUGGCAUCACUCACUAUUGUGUGAUCGGCAGAGCUGCAGCUGACUCUGAGACUGAUGGAAAUCUACAUCUCUGCCUUUGAAGGUGCCUUUCUCACCCAGAUCUUAAGGGAUAGUGUAAGUUAAGUUGAUGCUUAAAUGCAAGCAGUUUAGAAAAAGCCGGUGAGGCCACCUCUGCUCAUUGUGCUGACUGGACACUGAGAGUGACCCCUCCCUCUUGUGUGAAGAUGAGAAAGUCUAUGUGUUUUGCUGCAAGUAGGUCUUGGGGCAGGAGGAUGACAUCUCCAGAUAACAGCGGUUGCUAGUCCUGUCACCAGCACGACGGGGGUCCUAGCCAGUUCCGUGGUCAACUGUAAAGACUUAGUUUAUACCUGUAGCCUCUGCAUGCACGUCCUCUUCCCUGGGUUGUAGUGUGUUAGUGAUUAGUGCUUGGGUGUGUUUUCUGCUUUUGUAAAAUAGUACACUAAAUCU